UAAAAACCGUGUGAUUUGUUGCGUCUAUUGUUUUGCAUGUUUUGGCAAAAAUCUUCAAAAGUCUACAACCCUCUCAUACGAAGUGUUCGUAAAAAUGAAGUUGAACGUUAAACAACUGUACACUUCAAUAGCAUGCAAUCGAAUUCCCGAGAUUGUCGACUGGAAUGAACAGGGACUCAUUUGUUUUGGUGCUUGCAAUGCUGUUCUUAUAUAUGAUACCAACAAAAAAGGCACUGACCCACUAACAGUACUCUGCCAUCAUCAAUCUCGAGUAAACUCAGUGAAAUGGGUCCGUAAACCUAACGGCACAUGCACAGAAUUGGUCUCUUGUUCUGCUGACAAAACUGCAGCCAUAUGGACCUUAGAAGAUGGGACUUGGACAGUGACUGGUCAGCUAAAGGGGCAUACAGAUGGGAUAACAUGUGUACAUGGUCUCUAUGUAACAGAUAAUGAUGUUAUAGUGUAUACAGGGUCUAUAGAUUCUACCGUCAAAGUUUGGGAAAGAACUGAUGGCAUAGUAAACAUAAAACAGAUAAUCAACCUUAAUUCUGGUCUCUGCCUCACUCUCCAUUCCCAUCUAAUGCCCACAUUGAACAAACCAAUACUUUUUUGCGCUUUAGACGACCAUAAGAUUCACAUAUUUGCUGGCGAUGAGUAUCACAGAGUACACACUCUGGUAGGACAUGAGGACUGGGUUAGAGGGAUGGAUGUUUUGGAAGUUGAUGAUAGAACAAUGCUUCUUGCAUCCGCUUCACAAGACACGUACAUCCGUCUGUGGCGGAUCCAGUGCCACGAGGAACAACAACUUAGGCCCCAAAUCAAGGUUGAGGAGAAAGUAUUUUCUGUGCAUGGAGUUAAAUGGGCUGUAAAACUUGACGCGGUCUUGGCUGGGCAUGAGGGAUGGGUGUAUGGUGUGCAGUGGCAUCCUUACAAGAUUGACAAAGAUACAAAUAAAAAGUAUCCAGUGUUCCGUCUCCUGUCAUCCUCGUUAGACAAAACCCUCAUAGUGUGGGAACCUGACUCGGCCCCCACGCACAGCCAGGGUGAGGGUGAUAGCGGUGGCGUAUGGGUGGAACGGGUGCGAGUUGGAGAAGUAGGAGGGAAUGGACUGGGAUUCUAUGGAAGUUGCUUUGGACCUGAUGGAACUUCUUUCUUGGGACACGGUUAUAACGGAUCUUUACAUAUUUGGAAAUUGAAUCAGGAAACAGAACAAUGGGAGCCUGCAGUAGUGUGCGGUGGACAUUUCAAUGCAGUGGAGGAUGUGAGAUGGGAAUCGGAGGGCCGGUACAUCAUGAGCGUCUCCGCAGAUCAAACCACCAGAGUCCACGCGCCGUGGAAAAGACAAGACGGUAUGGGUCGCGAAUGGCACGAGAUUGCGCGUCCGCAGGUGCACGGCUACGACAUGGCGUCACUCGCGCUCGUGUCGGCGACCACCUUCGCCUCGGCCGCUGAGGAGAAAGUCAUCCGGGUGUUCCGGGCGCCGCAUAACUUCAUCAUCAACUUUCGUAAUAUUACCGGCGUGGAAAUCUCUGGAGAUACCAGUGGGCCGCAAGGAGCUUCGGUACCAUCUCUAGGUUUGUCGAACAAAGCAGUGUUCUCGGGCGACGAGGACCAGCCCGAGUUAGAGGACGACGGCGAUGGCUACUUUGUGCCGGUUCAUUUAACAGAACCACCAACAGAAGAAACAUUAAUGCAGAACACACUGUGGCCGGAGGAGCACAAGCUGUACGGGCACGGGUACGAGGUGUUCGCACUGGCUGCGAGCGCGGACGGGCGGUGGCUGGCCUCGGCGUGCAAGGCCACCGUCGCUGAACACGCGGCUGUUCUCAUAUGGGAAACUUCAACAUGGCGGCAAAAACAAAAACUAGUCUCCCACCAACUGACAGUGACGCAACUAGCAUUCUCCCCGGACAGUCGGUAUCUGCUCUCCGUAUCCCGUGACCGGCGGUGGACGUUGUACGAGAUUACGGACAAUAAUUUUGAUGCAAUCGCAAAUACGGAUAAGACUAAUGGUGUUCACACUCGGAUUAUUUGGUGCUGCGCGUGGGCACACGACUCGAAAAUGUUCGCUACCGGAUCGAGGGAUGGCAAGAUUGCUCAAUUCUCCCAUAUUUUCAUAUCCAGUCAACUCACUGAACCAAAACCUUUCCUUUGUUCUAGUCUGGCACACCAUCUGACAGUGAAACGGCUAACUUUCCGACGGCAGGUGGAAGACAAAGAAAUGUUAUUAGCAAGCUGCGGCAGCGACAACCUCGUCAGGAUUCACACUGUUACUAAUUCGUGUUGAUUUCAAUAUAGAUAU